UAUAAAAUAGAUGAGCAACACGCAAUUAAAUCCUGUUGAUGAGUGAGUACCACGAGAACUCUUACAGACGAGCAACAAAGAUAUCAGUAUUCCAUUACAAUGAAUUGUUUUUGGACCUUAAGUCUCCUAAUGGGCUUAGCUGCCAUUGGGUGGGCAGCAGCUAAAGAAAAUCACCACAAAGAUAACGUGGCACCUAGAUCCAGACCAAAUUACGACCACAUUGAUUACUACGACUGUUCAGGAAAGCCCAAUGGGACAUAUGUACAUCCAACUGAUUGUACAAGAUUCAUAAUGUGUUCAAACGGAUAUGCAUCCGAUAUGGCUUGUCCAGACUGUGAUCUUCCCAACACGCUCUGCCACGGGUCACCAUACCUGACGUACGAUGGGUUCAAAGAGAGAUGUGAAUGGCCCAAGAUCACUGAAUGCAUUGUUGACCCACCUGCAACUGAUCCACCCACCACCGACCCACCGGCGACGACCACAACCACCAAAAAGACAACAACGACGACCAAGGAACCCACUACGGCCACUCCGAUUACGAUUUGUCAUGGCAUAACUGCUGGUCACACAUGCGAAAAAGAUCAAUGCCAACCUUGCGGAUACUGUUGGAAUUUGCACUCCUUCUACUUUAGGUGUCAGCGUACCUUUCCCUCUGACCCAAAGUUGGAGAUAACUGGAGAGUGGGUUCACGAGGAGUGCGACCCUGAUUUGUGGUGGAACCCUGACCUCAAGCCGAGUUCCGGAGUGGAAGAUGGAUUUGGUGGGGCUUGUGACAAAUGGGAAAAUCUAAGCAACGCCACGCGUGAUGGGUAUCUCGCAGACGAAAAUUGCGUUGUCAUUCCCGACGUUUGCGAAUGGGGUCAGGACGAUGAUGAUAAGUGCACUGGACGUUAUUGGUAUUACGACCCCAAAACGAUGGAAGAUAGAGAAGAUUUAGAAUGUCCCGACGGCCUUAAAUGGGACCAGGCUAGUGAAAAUUGCAGGAAAUGUGUUGAUGGUUGCGAAUGUUAGUUAGUGUAUUAUUUGUAAAAUGUAAUCAUAAGAAAACUUUAUUAUUAGUAUUUUAAAUAUUUAUUGGGUUGUUUUAAUAAAAAAUAGAGGUUUGCAUAUGGUACUGAUUAA